CUGCAGGGUGAUGAAAAAAAACACCCCCCAAAAAAAAACAGAAGGAAGGGGAGGAAAAGAUUUUGAUCACAUGGCCACGAAGUCACUCUGAAAGUAUGCUCUGGCGAGGUAAAGCCCACAGAAACAUAAAAUUCCUUCACAGAAAACAGCAGUCUCCAUGCACGAGCUCAGUUUCGGAGGUUUGAGUCGAUCGGGGCUGCUGGAUUCAAAACAGAAGACGAGCGGGCGACGGAAGCAGAAAAAUGUCAAAUCAAAGCCUGGUCUUGUUCCCGAGCAGUGCCACACCUUCAUUUUCCAACACCUCUUCGAACUCCAGUUUGGACCUGAUUGCAGCCAACGACAUCACCUCCACAGCAAACUAUGUCUACAGUUUCUUUGCAUUUUUGGGCUUCAUUGCCGGCUGCUUCCUGCUCUACAGCUUUGUUCAGACCUACAGGGCUCAGAGACGUCUGGCCUGGCUUGACUGCCUCCUCUGGGCCUUCUGUGGCUCUCAGCUGCUGCUCCUGCUCCUCUCUCUCCACACUGUCACCCACAGACCUGCCUACCUGGUGACUACAGGUUUAGGCUGUGCUGUUCUGUCUUUUGUCAUCAAUGUGACCUCUCUGUGCGGCCUGUUGGUGUUGGUUCUCAUGGCUUACGUCCUCACUCUGGAUCCACCAUCACACGCUCUGCUGAGGAAGCCUGUUGUCUGUGUGGCUCUGGUGACCCUGACGUCUCUGCUUGUUUCUGUGCUGCUGGCUGGGCUUCGUGGUCCAAGCGAGGGUCUGCAGAAUAACAGCACUUGCUUUAUGGAUCCAGCUCAUUCUGGAGUUUCAUAUGCAGCUACACGGAUGUGCCUCAUCUUACUGAUUCCCUACAUCCUCCAGAUGGGACUCCUGAUCAGCGGCUGUGUGCGGCAGUGGAAAUCAAAAGGCCGUUUCCUCUCUGGCGCUGAAGAAGGUCCCAUGUUCCUGACGGUCACCUUGGUUGUGUUUUUCUGCCAGCUCUUCUACAGUGUGGCCCUGCUGAGAGCAGCACAUCUACAGAGGGAAGGGCUGAGCUUUCGUGAGCAGGCGUUUCUGAGCGUGGCUGAGUUUGUGCUGUUCACAGGGAGCAGCGCCAGCCUGCUGCUUAUGCUACUCAUGCAUAGGCCAUGCAGGGACAGUCUGCAUGGAGUAUUCAGGCAGCUGAGGGACUGCUGCAGGAACCCGGGGCGGACACAGCCCAACAGGAACAUCAUUGCUCCUCAUAUCGAGAUCACUGGCACCCUGCAGGACAUCGAGUCAUAGGGAACUAAACAAUCUGAUGUACAGGAAAAGAAGAACUGUACUCUUUGAGAUGUAAUGUCACUGAUUUUUCUGGCUCGAACUGUAUAUUAUUUUCCUCUUUCUGUUACUCUUAAGUAGCACUGUAAAUUUUUAUAUCUAUUCAUCUUUUUUUUUUAGAGCCUCCAUAUUUUUUACAACUUGCUUUGAGUUUGAAUUUGAAUACAAGUUAUUUUGGCUGUCUCCUCAAAUAUUUUCAGCAUGUUGGCACACUCCUUUUUGUUACUUUAGAUACAAUGAGUCUGAAAAGUUUUUUUUAAUCCACAGCUUUAAAUAAGACACUUAAGAAAGGACUCAUGCCUUAGCAUGUCUUAAUUUUAUAUGUCUACAACAAGCUCUUAGACACACCUCCUCUCUUUAAAACAGGCCCUGUCUGCAUUACCAUGACUGCACAAAAGCCUAUUUAGACUAUUUGCCUGGAAAAAGCUCUGCAAUCCUCCAAAUGCCACAUAGGAAACAUUUAGUCAGGGAAAAUACAAAAAGCCAAAAGCGCCAAUACUGUUCACUGCAGGAUUUUUAAAUGUGUUAGAAAAACCAAACAGGCAACUCUAACGACACUGCCUGUCCCAUUAAUUUGAGGAAAUUGUUUGGCACCAGUUCUAGGAAUAACACAUGCACAGAUCAUAUUACAUCAUUUUAUCACUGAGUGGCAGAAAACCAGAGACCAGUGGGAAAGUUAAACAAAAGCUGUGCUUGGUAAGGUGUGGUGUCAUGUAAAAUGUCAGAGCUGUUACACUCACUCACUGUGUAAAAUCCUUGUGGCAACAGUAAGUCAACUUCUCUUCUCUCCAAAUGUUAAUGGGUAAAAUCAUAGAUGCAUUACAGCACAAUCAUUCAUCAUAAGUGUCAAACAGGUCAAAACAGAAGAAAAAAAUACAAAUCAAUCUGGUGUUAGAGGAAGCCUGAAAGAAGAAAUGAGACAAACUUCAUGUGCCCUUCUAAAUUUUUGCCUGUACUUUUCUCUGCAAAAAAUCCCUGGACUCCCUAGAAAUAUUUCUACGCGAUAACAUUCUCACUAUAUUGUUGUGUUAAAACCUGAGUACCAGGCGCUGUUAACGAGUUUUUCUACACAUUUUGUUUCUACAUAUAUAUUAUUUGUUAUCAUUAUUAUGCAAAUAAAAUAUUAUUUGAAAAUAAAAACAGGGACUUUAA